AUGGCAGCCGAGACGGAGGACGAGACGGCGGAGUACGAAGAGGGCGGCGAGGAUGACGAGCUCAAAGCGGACACGGGCGACCGCGAGGCCGGGCUGGACGAGCUGCUGGAGACGGAAGCGGAGGCCCUUGCGGCUGAACUUGAACAACAGGCCGAGCAAGAAGGAUGUGACGAACAAGUGCUUGGCAACUUGGAGGAUAGCUACGGCAGUGCUGCGGAAGCUUUGGUCUCCAUGCGUGAGGCCCGUGCGCAACUGCAGGCCGUGAGGAAGGACCGUGGUUUUGGCAAGGCCGGUGGGCCAAGCAACCGAUCGGGGCCGAGCUCUCCUUCUUCGACCGGCGGCCCCAUCAAGAAGCGCGGCAUGUGCUGGGACUGUGGCCAGCAAGGGCACUGGGCUGGAGAUUCGUGCUGCCCCAAGCCGGGAGUGGGACUGUUCAAGAAGGCGGGCGGCAAGGGAGCUGGCAGCCAGAGCCAAUCGGGGUCUCCGGCCCGACGGGUCCACUUGACUGAGACCUUUGCGGUGGAGGCUGAGCACGAGGUUCCUGAGGGGCACAUGGUUCAUGAGGGGCCCUGGCUCCGCUUCUCGAGUCGGAGGCUGAGCGUGAGACCUUUAAGUUCGGGAAUGACGGCACGAAGCUUUGAGCGCCAGCGCUUGCCGAUGCUAGUGGGUGACACUUUGAUCCUUGUGUGGACCAGCGUGGUUGAGGUCCCAAGCCUCGGCCUCUUGUUGGGCCGGGACUUCCUCGAGGGCAUCGGAGGCGUGAUCAGCUUUACCCGUACACCCCUGCGUGCAGAUUACCUGGAUGGCAAGCGCAUUCCACUGAAGCAGUUGACGGCAGGGCACCUCUACCUCGAGAUCCUGCCGGCGAUCCCGCUCAACCUGCCCAACCGCCGGUGGAGACGCCAAGGCGUGGAUGGAGUGAUUGAGGUGGAGGUUUCCGUGUGCGAGUGGUGUCGCAGGCGGGCAAUGCCUGCGUUCCUCGAGGGCACGGCCAAGGUGAUCCAGCGUUACCGCCGGCUAUGCCUCCGCGUGCUCGGCCGCAACAUGUGGCACUUCGGUGGGCUUCUGCUUUGGUUGCUGCAGCGGCCCUCUCUUCGGUAUGUUCCCCUGCCUUACGGGAGCGUCCGGUCCCCUGUGCAGUGGAAGGAGCAGGCCGAGGCUAUGGUGAAGAACGGUGCGUGGCCCCGUCGGCACUUCAGGCGAGCCGUUAUGGAGAACCUCUUCGAGAACCUGGAGCUGCUGAAAGAUGGAGCCUACCUCCGCGACCGCCUGGGAAUCAGAUUGGCUUUUCUGGAGGAUCCAAUGCUGGACGGCAUGUUGGCAGCCAAGGCGACCAAGGGAACCAAGGCGGCCAUCCAGUCCCAGCUGGUGUCCAAGCUCAAGUGCGAGGCGGCGGAGAAGCACGAAAAGGGAGAGGCGAUGAAGGCGGCAAGGGGGGCUGCCCACUUUAAAGGGGGACUUGCUGCGACUGGCAGCGCUUCUCAAUGUCGAGACCUCUUCCGCCGAGACCGUGGACAAGCUCAAGCAGAAGCUCCGCCCGAUGAUCGACACACUUCGGGGCAUUCCCUUGGAGACUCCAGCAGCUUCUUCGGCAACCCCACCGGGAGCACCGACGGCGACCGUGCAACCUCUACCCGAACCUCCGGGCGACCAGAUUCGGGACAACCACUUGCAAGGACAGCCGGGCCCAUGGAGGCUCCACCGGGCCACCAUCGAGACGAAAUCCUUCGAGAAGUGCAGGCGAUGAUGGAGCAGCGGGACAAUCGAAUGGAAAGCCUCCUGGCCCAGACCAUGCAGCACGUGAUGGCCGUGUCGCAGGCAGGGACCCACCAUGGGGAAGAUCCCCUGUCGCCGGACAGCAACAUGGGCUUCGGUCUGGUGGAGGAGGUGAUACCUGAGUUGCACCAGCAGGUCAAGCCCGGGCAGCAGCUCCUUCUUCGACAAGCUUGGGCUAAAUACCGCCGUGACCGCGACCUGCUGCAUGUUACCUCCCAAGAUGUGCGCGAAGCUUUUGAAAUGACGGCUGCCCAGGACUAUGACACCGCCCUGGCCGAGCCGUUCGUUGACCUUGCUGGCAACUGGCCGCGGCGGUCUUCUCCUAGCCUAGGCCAGCUGCUCACUGAGGAAGCUGGUCGACGUGGGCAUGCCGUGACGGCGGCCAGACGCGACGCUGAAAAGAAAAAAUUGGAGUCCGAGGCGGCCGUGCUGAAGGCGGCCCUGGCACAUCGUCGGCAAGGAGCUUUUCUUGAUGAGCUCGGUGAGGCCGACUUCGUGAUGAAUGGGCGGCGCUACGUGACUUCGAGCCCCUCCUUUGUGACGGCGCUCAAGGAAAGCAAUGCUGAGGACCUCGGCGAGCUGGCGGCCCGAGCCCUUGGAGGUAUCGAGAAGCAGUUCGACCGAGACUAUGUGGAGGAUCCCGGGAAGGUUCACGAAGGCCUGGCGGCAGAGACGUUUAAGGAUGACGACCCGGUCUCAGAUCAUGGCGAAGAGUCGGAGGUGGAUGAGCCGACCCAGGCCACGGAGGAGGAGAGGAUGAUCAAGGCGAUUCCGGCUGCGGUGCGGCAGGCGGAGCGGCGACCACCGAAGGUGCAAAGACCGGCAUCAUUGCCGGGGCCCCGCGAGCCCGGCGACCAGGUUGGCAUCGACGUCUUUGAUGUUUUCGAUGGCGUCGGCAUGCGGUUCUCGGUCUUGCACGCCGUGGACGCCGCAACGAAGUUCAAGAUGGCCGUGAUGGUGGAGCACAAGUCCAGCGCUGAGGUGGUGAGCUUUCUUCGGGAGCGUUGGGCCCCAAUCUUAAUGCCGCGCACCCUGGUGGCAGACCAGGGCCGGGAGUUCGUGAGCCACGAGCUGGAGAACUUUGCCGGCGAGAACAACAUGUACCUCCACCACAUUGCUGUGGGUGCUCCGUGGCAGAAUGGCUUGACGGAGCGAACCGGAGGGAUCCUGAAGGUGCUCGUUGCGGCACAAUCGCUGAUGGGAGCUGAUGAGAUGAAGAUGGGCCUCGCUGAGGGGCUCCUGGCCUACAACAUGGACGUGGGCGACAGCGGCUUUUCACCGAUGCAGGCGGCGGUGGGACGACAACCGCUACCCCCGGGAGAUGCACUCGGUGGAGGGCGACUUGGAGAACUGUCGGCGACCGGGGAGGCAACUUUUGCACGCCUCCUGGCGACGCGGGAGACGGCGAGAAUGGCAAUGCUUCGUCUUCACCUUAGCCGAUCCCUUCGGAGAGCCGAGAUGGCUCGCUCGAGGAACCCGACCUUGACUACCAGGCCGGCGGUGGGGGACCUUGUUUACUACUAUCGUGAACAAAAAUACAAUCGGAAGUCCUCAGCCAACCGCCGGAAGCUCUUGCUGAAAAAGUGGCAUGGUCCGGGGCUCUUGGUCGCGCUGGAAGGUGCCAGCUGUUAUGUCACGGCCCGCGGCACCCUGACGAAAGUGGCGCUAGAACACGUGCGCCCGGCAUCGACCAUGGAGAGGCUAGCUUCGGGUGAUUGGGCGGCUGCUCUUGAUGAAGUGGUGGCGGCUGCCAACCGGGACCAGGAGUGGGAGAUGAUACCUCCGACCGACCGUCCUGCUUCAGACGGCUCGGAACCUGCGGCGGCGGAGGACCAUGGCACUGGACUCGGUGAACAACCUAUACCUUUCCAGAACCUCCUGGUGGGGACCUUGGCGGCGAUGAUCGGGCAGAGGGUGAUUCGGCACCUAGUGUUUUACAUGGCGCUGGACUCGAACAACCUACCGUUCCAGAACCUGGGGGGCGGUGAUCUUCCACCAGGUGAGUUCGUGAAGGCGGCGACGGGGAGUGCAGCUGGGGAUUCCAGGCGUCCUUCCACUUUGCUGGCUCCGGGAUCCCCUGUGCCGGAGAGUAUCCUUGGGCCGCGUGCUGGUGAAGAGCACUCUCCUGUCAGCAGUGACCAAGUUCCGUUUGACGCCAUGGUGAUGGAGAAGAGCGAGAUCCUUGCGGCCGCGCAAGCCCGUGAAGGCGAAGUACAUCCUUUGGUGAAGUUGCAAGCCCAAGCGGCCAUGGACCGGCUGUCGGGCGAUGUUGGCGAAGCGGGCGACCAUGGAACCUGGGAUGGGCGAUGGCCUUUGCCUUCCAGGUCCGAGUACGAGGCCUUUGUACGAGCGGGGCUAAAAUGGCCUACCACCAAGGACGCCUUUGCUGUUCAGGCCGCCCGCAAGGAGUACCAUUGGAGCUCCAUGAACGACCCUCAGAAGGCCGCCUUUCGCGAGGCAGCCGAGGAGGCCUGGAAUGUCUGGGUCCGCAACGAGGCCGUGGAAGUGUUGAGUGAAGAUGAAUCCGAGAAGGUGUGGGCCACCCUCCGACAACGUGGCGAACUACACAAAGUGAUGACGCCGAGGUUUGUGUUCACUGACAAGAACGAUAUCACUGCGUAUGACCUCCGGAAGGACGCUCCAACGGCUAGCCGCACCAGCCAGCACUUGCUUUUUACUUUGGCGGCCAGCCACUUUGGCGACGGCUGGCGCAUGGGCACUGCUGAUGUGAAAAGCGCCUUCAUGAAGGGCGAGAGAUACAUGGAAGGGACAAGGGAGCUCUACGUCAAGAAUGUGGAGGUUCGCAAUGGCAGCCCUUCCUUGCCUUUGGGCCGGCGCCUGAGCCGAGUGCUUAAGGGCGUUUUUGGCCUUUCCGACGCCCCGGGAGUGGUUCUUGAGGUUGCGCAAAAGCGUUUUGCGAGAAGGCUAAGGCUGGCGAACUUCGACCAUGGAUGCCGUCCGAACCCUCGCUGGCUAGGCGUGCUUUGCAGCCACGUGGACGACCUCCUUUUCUGUGGUGGCAAGGAGGCCUGGGACUCUAUUCGCCGAUUGGGCGAGGAGCUGGGCUUCGGGUCGCUCGAAGAGAACACGUUCGUCUACUGCGGCAAGCGGGUGACCCAGGACUUGGUGAGCGGCGAGGUGACUGUGUCCAUGAGAGAGUACCACCAGAACCUGAAGGUGAUCAGAGUUCCGAGCACGAGGCGACGGGAGGUGGAUGCCUCGUUGACUCCGGGAGAGCACAAACAGCUUCGAGCCCUUGUGGGCUCCCUUCAGUGGCUUGUGGCCCAGGUUCGCUUCGACGCUGGCUUCCUCCUGUCCGUGUUGCAGGCAGAGACGCCGACCGUGGGCACCCUUUUAAAGGUGAACCAGUUGAUCAAGCUCUUCCAGGAGACCGGUGACUUCGAGCUGCGCUUCCGGCCGCUGGACCUCAGCAACGCCGGGAUCCUUGUGGUGACGGACGCCUCCCUGGGCAACGUGACAAAGACUGGCGAGAUUGGCUCUAAACCUCUGGAGCGCGUCUACAGCCAGAGCUGCUACUGUGUGUUGCUCGCAGAGGCCUCCUUGAUGCGGGGAGGCAAGGGCCGGUUCACGGUGCUGGACCACCGGUCGCACAGACUGCAACGAGUUUGCCGCAGCACCUUCGCGGCAGAGUUGCUGGGAGUUGAAGAGGGUGCCGACGCCUUGCAAUAUUGCCGGGGGCACCUGGCGGAAGUCCUGGGCUAUGACCUCGGCCACAAGGGCGUGGACUGCAUCCUGGAUGGCAUCGGGAUGGUGAUCUGCACCGAUGCCAAGGACGUGUACGACAAGGGCAACAGCGACACCCCGUCGUAUGGCAGCCAGAAGUCCCUAGCCUUUACGGUGGCAUGGCUCAGAGGGCUCCUCAGCAGGGGAAACACCGCCCUGAAAUGGACGGCGACGGAGAACAUGUUCGUCGACUGCGGGACCAAGGAGAUGGACGGCUCUCAUAUGCGAAAGAUCCUUGGGUCCGGGGAGUGGAGCUACAAGUACGACGCCGACCUCGUGAAGCAGACUGUGCGUGCCAGAGCACCUGUCCAGCGAGGACCUCAAGUGCUGAGCGGCACGGCCGUGGGACCGAGUGAUCCCGUGCUCGGGUUUCUUCAGGGGCUUUCCACUGAGAAAGGAUGGCACCGUAAAAACACGACGGCUAUCCAAGUAGCCCACGGUGCUAAAAGCUAUCGGCGACCCGAACCUCGUUUCAGCCCUAAAGAUUACCCGUACCGUACCACUUAUGCUUUAUUCCAUGAUGAGCAUGGUAGGGGUGCGUGGCGUUUGCUGGAACGAGAUGAGGUGUACGGCCGUAUGCUGAAGCCCUUAGACCGAACGGGGGCAGUCCUCAUCUCGAUCUUCAAGACCCACAAAGAAAAUAGGACCGAUGUGAAACCAGAUGCUGUGAGCGAAGGGUCUUGA